AUGAAGGUAAGAGUACUACUGUCUUACUAUCGUUACAAAAUAUAUUGUUAGCCUAGAGUAAGGAUUUCUUAUCCAAAUAUACCCAGAAGUUUUCAAAGGAUUACUGUGGCAAUGGGGUAGCUUGGCAAUCCAGAACACCCAGAGAUGACUUAAAGCCUAGAAGCUGCUUUACGCUAUAAAAGUUUACAGUACUAGCAUCAUCAAAGUUGGACUCAAAGACAUUUAAAGGACGAUGUGUUUCAUGUUUCAAAGAAACUUCGACAGUGUUAACCGAAGUCUUUAAAAAGAGAUUUACAUUGUCAUAUACUUUGAUGAAAGAAUCAUUUGAUAACAGACUUCCAUAGUGUCUUUUACAACAAAGAAUGUGGCAUUUUUUAUUGGUCCAGUGUUACUACAGGAGGAAACCUGUCGUCUUUAGUAGUCGUACUGGAAGUACCUCUUCUCACAUGUGACUGAGGUGAAAUUAUAAUCAGAAAACUGUAUAUUGCAGGAAUGAAAUUGCAGUCCCAAAGGUGAACGAUACAUGUAUUAAUUAUUAUGUCACAAACGCGCCUAAUAUACGUAAUUUUUUAUGUUCUACAGUUGUCUGUGUUUGUUAUUGAAACUCUUCAUACGCGGUCGGCCGAAGUCUUGAAAGAAACCGCAGCACUUGUCUCCGAGCAUGAAUAUUUGACUCCAGAAGAUAAACAGAGCAUUAUAGAACGUGUUCAUGCCUUGUCUCCGAGAACUGAUGGUCUGCCUGCGGCUGCUGUGAAUAAAUAUAAAAGGUGAGGGCAAUAGAUCAAACUAUCAUUUAUUUUAUUAUGUUCAUCGCUCAAUUUACUUGCAUAUAGCUGCAUAAAAAUAUUGUCCGAAAAUUCUCCAUCAAACCCCUUUUCUAAUAGUCCCACUUCAGAAGAAAUUUAUGAAGAUCACUUUUUCUAAUAACCACUCCCUUUCCCCUCACUAAGAAUCACAUGUGUACUGAAACACAUUAAUUGGGAGAGAGUGUUCAUGUUGAUGUACAGUCUUUCGUACUUUCUACGUUUCUGCUUAAUCAAUGAACUCUCCUUCUUUUUUAAGAGGAGAUUUUUUUGUAUGUUACGUAACACGUGCUCAAAACUAAUGCAUACAAUAUACCACUUAGCUUAUGACUAAAUUCGAAAUUUUUAUCUUUCGAUACGUUUCUCAAUCGGCAAACAAAUUUAAAGGUAUGUUUGGUGCUUUAUCUGUAAAAUAAUGCUAAAAUGAAGAGAUUUUAGAUGAUACGCCAAAGAAAAAAUGAUGUCUGAAGUUCAGUAAGUUUUGCUUAUAUGGCUGUAAAUAUGCAUUGGCGUCAAUUUUGAAGCAUCAUUGAUAAUUGUAUUUUAAUUGACAAUUUUUAACUAUUAUUUUAUGUUUCUCAACCGGCAGAUGCAUUUAAAAAGGUAGCUAACUCUAUAAACUAGAGAAUAAAGCUAAAACAAAGUAAUUUUGAGAUGAACGCCAAAAGGAUUUUAGGUUUUGAACACUUUUCAUUGAAAAUACGCGACAUUGAAAAAAAUUGCCUCUUAAUAAACCCUCAAACAUACUUGCCAUUUAACAUCACUUAAAUCUACGUUUAACCAUAUUAUGCAGCCAUUGUAAAACCUUUGUUGUGUUGUGUUUCAGAAUGAAUCGCGAGUUUUUGGUUCUAAUCGAAAGCGAGGUUGAAAGUCGUGAUGCGUGGAUCACAAAGAAUGAAGCGAAGAUGGCAUUACCUCCUGCAGAGGAUGUUCAAGAUCUUGAAGGAUUUCUACAGCUCAAAGACGCUCAUGAU